AAUACUCUUUUUGGAGAAUUCGAACAUUAAACGUUAAAAAGAAUAAAGAAAUAAAUAAAAGUAAGAAAGGAAGAAAAGAAGUCGCCGGCGCGAAACCGGCGACCAAAUGCUGGGCGCGUUGGGACACGCGCCUUUCAUCUAUUUCCUCUCUGCUUUUCCUCCUCCAUCCAUUGUUCCAAAUCCCAACUUUCUUCGCUUCUCUCUUAUGGCUAUCUCUGCUCGAAUCGCCGUCAUCGGAGACGUCCAUGGGUAUUGGGAUUUACGAGAAGAUUCCAAGGCACUUCAAUUAUUGCAGCCAGAUUUAGUGCUCUUUACAGGUGACUUUGGUGAAGAGAAUGUUGAACUGGUCCGAAGUAUUGCAGACCUUAAAUUUGCAAAAGCAGCUAUAUUGGGAAACCACGAUGCUUGGUUUACGCCAUGUUUUUCUCAAGAGAAGAAGGAUGGUGUUCAACUUCAGUUGGAAUGUCUUGGCGAGAAUCAUAUUGGUUACAGACGUAUGGACUUUCCUCAGCAAAAACUCAGCAUUGUUGGUGGACGACCUUUUUCUCACGGUGGAAAGGCAAUGUUUCGAAAACAACUACUUUCUGCAAGAUAUGGUGUCAAAGACAUGAAAGCAAGCGCUAAGAGAAUAUACGAAACUGCGAUAGGCGCACCCGAGGAUCAUUUGGUUAUAAUUCUUGCACAUAAUGGACCUACAGGUCUUGGUUCUCGUGCAGACGACAUUUGUGGCAAAGAUUGGGAAUACGGGGGUGGAGACUGGGGUGAUGAAGAUCUAGAACAAGCGAUAUCUAAAUUGAAAGAGAAUGGAAAGUUUCAUGUCCCUCCUUUGGUUGUGUUCGGGCAUAUGCAUAAAGAACUCACAUACGGUGGUCAACGUAAAAUGAUAGUUGUAACAGCUGACAACACCAUUUACCUUAAUGGAGCCAUUGUUCCGCGAGUUACCAGUUACUCCGGUGAAGAAGGCAAGGUAGGAGGGAACUUUACAAGUAGUGAAACUUCAUGUACGCAAUCCGUUUCAAGAGGCACCAAGCGAGCAUUCACUGUAGUUGACAUUUCAGAUGGGAAGGUAGAUAAGGUUACUGAAAGUUGGAUUUCUGUUGUGGGUGAUGAGACCAGCUCGGAUGAAGCAAAUUUGAUGUACCAAAGUGGCAUUUCAAAGUGUUAACAUCAUUGUUCAUAUGAAUACAAUCCAUCGUGUUAACUUGAUACUCUUCCUUUAAAACCCUAGUUUAGGGAUCCUUUCAUCUUUUGUAUAAAAAUAAUCAAAUCUCAAUAGAGAUGGAAAUUGUUGGAACUCAA